ACCUUUUGUCUUUUGUCUAAAAUAGAUAGACAGAUUCAUAAAUUUGAAUACUGUGUAUAUAAAAAAUAUGUUAUAAUUAUAUACACAUACUCCAGGCUACAAGUAAAAGAGUGCUGUUUUAUCUCUUGAGGGGGGUGUUUUAGUUUAUAAGUUUAUUUUGCUUCCCUGUGUUGCCAUUGUUGACCUUGAACCUCUCUUUUGAAGUUCUGCUGUAUCAUACGCUUUUUUUCCAUACACAUAGUAGGAAAAAAAGAAAAGUCCUUGGUAUUUGGUGGCUGUGGUCUGAAUUUUUUGAGGUUUGUUUAUUACUUUUCUUUUAAUAUAUAGUUUGAUUUCGGAUCAAUUGUAAUGGAUAAACAGCAGCUGAGUUCUUUUUUAGUAUUUGAAGUGAAGUCUUGGUUUUUUUAAUAAAGAAUGUUCUUUUAGUAUUCUUGCCGAUUUGGGUUGUCUUGUUUUUGAGAUUUUAGUAGUGGGUUUUUGGUUUGAUUUCCAUAUCUUACCGCAAUCCUUUGAAAUCGGGUUUUUUUCUCUUUGUUUGUUGGAAACUUUAGAGUUGAAAUCUUGCUCCCCCCUAACCCCCUUUUUUUAUUCUUGGUUGGUGGGUCAAGAAAAUCAAGGGAAAUGAAAGGGAAAACUGGGAAUUUCUUUGUGUUGAAUACUGGAGCUAAAAUUCCAGCCAUUGGGCUAGGAACAUGGCAGAGUGGAGGAGACCUCUGCGUUGAUGCUGUGAAAACAGCAUUGUCGGUCGGUUACCGCCAUAUAGAUUGUGCACAUCUUUAUGGCAAUGAGGUUGAAGUUGGGGAAGCUUUGGCUGAAGCCUUCAAAGGUUCUUUGAAAAGAGAAGAUGUUUUCUUAACCUCUAAGCUUUAUUGUACUAUGAAUUCAUUAAAUAAGAUUGAGAAUUAUGUUAAGGUGUCUCUUAAGAACCUUGGGGUCUCCUACUUGGAUCUUUAUUUGAUGCAUUGGCCUGAGAUCUCGGCUUUUGGAGAUGCAACCGAUCCUCCUUCAAAGUCAGGGAGCGAGCGUAGGCAGUUUUUGAGUCGGCUGAAGAAGGUGUGGAAGGCAAUGGAAGCGUUAGUCGAAUCGGGUUUGGUUAGAGCUAUUGGUGUAAGCAAUUUCAGUGUGCCUCAGAUCAAAGAACUGCUUAAAUUCACAAAAAUUGUACCUGCAGUUAACCAGGUGGAGUUGCAUCCUUUUUGGAGACAAGAUGAACUGGUGAAGUUUUGCCAAUCGAAAGGUAUCCAUGUGUCUGCUCACACACCUUUGGGAGUACCUACUUCAAGUCCCGGAGUGUCUGAUAGUGGAUCGGGUGGGGAAGAUGAACCUGGAACUCCUCGCAUUUCAUUUAGGAGGUCUCGAUCAGUACAUGGACCAAUGUUGAAAUUGUCAGUUGUUGGAGAGAUAGCAGAUAGGCACAAAAAGACACCCGAACAGGUAAUCCUACGGUGGGGUUUUCAAAGAGGAACCAGUGUUCUACCAUGUAGCUUAAAGCCUGACAGGAUAAAGCAAAAUAUCGACAUAUUCAAUUGGUCACUGUCAGACGAUGAAUGGAAACGGUUGAAUCAGAUUGAACCGCAGGUAUGUUUAUUUGGAGAUGGUCCUCUAAACAAUCUCUCAGGCAGAGGUCUGAUGUUCGGUAGCGGUCCCCUUCAAGCUGUGCACGAGAUAGAAGAUGAUGCAGAAUCCAACGCCUAAAUCCGUGCAAGCUUGUCAGUUUUUUUAAGAUAAAAAUGUCCCAUUUACAUUCAAUCCAUGUGGAUGGGCGGUUUAUUAUAUAAUUGAUGCUCCCCCAUUGUUUGCAAUACUUUUAGAGUUCAUGGAUGAUGAAUAGAAAGUCAAUGAAAGACAUUAUUAGUAUAAUAUGAGCGUAGUUAGUGACAGGGUUUUCCGUAUAAACAAAACAAAAAAGGUGUUUCAUAUAUUUCUGCAAGCGUGUCUUUGUAUGUAAACAUCAUGAAAUGUCAAUUAUCAAUGAUUUUUUUUUUCCGAAAA